AUGUUGCCAUAUGCUUUGUUGGGUUACAGAACAACCGUCAGAACAUCGAUUGGAGCUACUCCAUAUUUAUUAGUAUAUGGAACAAAAGCAGUUGUACCUGAUGAAGUUGAGAUACCAUCCUUGAGAAUUAUCCAAGAAGUUGAGUUGAGUAAUGCUAAGUGGGUGAGCAAACGGAUUGAUAAGUUAACCUUGAUUGAUGAAAAUAGAAUGGUCGUUGUCUGUCAUGGUCAGUUUUAUCGACAGAGAAUGGUUAUUUCUUUCCACAAGAGAGUUAGAGCCAGAAUUUUUGAAAUUGGUCAGUUGGUGCUUAAGCGCAUUUUUCCUCAUCAAGAUGAGUACAAAGGGAAAUUUGCACCGAAUUGGCAAGGGGCUUACAUGAUUCGCAAGGUAUUAUCUGGAGGUCCUUUGGUCCUAUCGGUGAUGGAUGGCACUGCAUGA